AUGGCCCCAGCCCGUCGGGACAGUGGUUCAAGCGGAAAUGCUGUCGCAUCCGCAUUCACCAGGUUUUGGAAGAGAACUCAUGCGCCAGACUACCUCGGAUUUGCGAUUCUCCUUACUGGGUGGAUCGUGAUGCUGUUAUUUAUUGAGCCAUUCCACCGCAUGUUCUUCAUCAACGAUCUGCAUAUCUCAUACCCUCAUGCCGAGGUCGAGCGCGUACCUGUUUACAUGAACUUUGUAUACGCCCUCUUCAUACCGCUGGGCGUGUUGGUUGCGUAUAAUGUUGUCACAAAAGCAUCGCCUCACAAGCACGAGGUCACCUACCUGUCCUUUGCCAUCGCCAUCAUCAUGGGCUCCUUUCUCACGGACCUCGUCAAGAAUACUGUCGGCCGACCGCGUCCCGAUUUGUUGGCCAGAUGUAAGCCGGCGACUGGCACCAAGCCUGACGUGCUUGUUACCAUCGAUGUCUGCACUGAGACUGCGCACCAUCUCCUCCAUGAUGGUUGGCGGUCCUUCCCGUCGGGCCAUUCGUCUUUCUCUUUCUCUGGACUUGGCUUCUUGAGCUUAUUCUUGGCUGGCCAGCUGCACAUUUUCCGACACAACAGUGGAGGCCGAGACCUUAGCCGCGCUCUCAUUUGCCUUCUGCCGCUGCUGGGGGCUGCACUCAUCGCCAUCAGCCGGUGUGAGGACUAUAGACACGACGUAUAUGAUGUUUCCGUGGGCUCUUUGCUUGGUUACGUGGUUGCGUACUGGAGUUAUCGACGACACUGGCCGAAGUUGACCGCCAAGGAAUGUCAUGAACCCCAUCCAUAUCCUGGAUCGGACCCCAAGACUGGGUGGAACCGCCUGCGAGACGAGGAGGAAGCUGGGGACUCGCGACCCGACGUAGGCUACGAGAUGACCCAGCUAAAUAGCCAGAGACACUAA